AUGUGGCGGUGGUUGGUGGUGUUGCAGGCGUCGUUGUUGUUAGUGAGUGGUACGCUAGAUGUGCGGUUUUUGAACUCGCGUUAUGCUAGUUCACAGUUCGACUGCUUCGACUAUCCGGCGCCAUUCCCAAUGAGACCAUAUGACUCAGGAUGGGGUCUGCCAAGAAAAGCGCCUAAAAUGUUACACACGACAACAGAAAGGUAUCACCCGACGCCAUUUGUUUAUGAAACAUCAAGAAGGAUUGACUUAUUUCUUUCAAACCAAGAAGAUAUAAUAAAAGAACAUGCCAAAUUAGUGCAAGAUAUAAACAGUCUAAAACAAGUUAUGUUUGUCGCUCCGAUAGCUGAUGAGUCAAAGGAUUAUGAUGAUUCCAUAUUUCAUGAAAUAAUAGAGACAACUUCAACUACUACAAAUCGGCCAUCGACCACUAAAAUAUCCAACUCAGCAAAGGGUGGUUUUCCGAUUCUCUUAUUGGGUGGUAGUAGUGCAAGUCGUAAACAUACGCUCAAGAAUCCAUCUUUAAAGAAUCAAAGAGAAACGCUAAGUUUAGUAGGAACAUCUGUGUCACCAUUAGUACGACAUCCUUAUCCCAUUAUUACAGCAGCGUCAGCACGCCAGCCUGUAAGGAUUUGUAUGUCAUCGCCUUUUCCAUAUCCAACCGCUACCCGUCGCCCGAGCCUCUGGGAGCGUCUCCUUAAAUCAAUAGUACCCAGGUAG